AUGGGGCGGCGGCGGCAGCGCACAAGCACGCGGGUGACAAGUGAGUACUGGCUCAUCGUCAUGGACAAGCCCGGCGGCGAGGGCGCCUCCAAGCACCAGAUGAUUGACUGCUACAUACAGACCCUCGCCAAGGUCCUCGGAAGCGAGGAGGAGGCCAAGAAGUAUAUUUACAACAUCUCGUGUGAGCGCUACUUUGGGUUUGGGUGUGAGAUUGACGAAGAGACAUCCAACAAGCUUGAAGGUAUUCCUCGUGUUCUUUUUGUGCUCCCUGAUUCCUAUGUUGACCCUGAACACAAGGACUAUGGAGGCGUCGACUUCAAGGUCAAGAUGGUUAACAUUGCCGGCAAGAAGCUCAAGCUCGCCGUCUGGGACACUGGUGCAUCCCCUCUCUUUCUCUUUUUCACCCUGCAAUUCUUUCUUUCUUUCUUUCUUUGGUUAUUAAUAUUAAUUUCUCCUUGCCCUCGGCUGGGAUUCAACCGUCCUAGAUUGACAACGCCAUGUUUUUUCAUCUUUCCUGAACCGCCACAUAUUCUGUUGGAUAUUCAACAUAUCUGA